UUUAUCUCAGAUCGGAAGAUCAACAGGAACAAGAGAACAUUCAGAAGCUUUCCUCUUCAGAUCAGCGGUCUUGUCUCUGUAAAGGUAAGAGUUGUUUGAUAUAAAUGCAUGUCUUUAAUGAUUGUGCUCCUUUACAUUUUGACACGUUCAAGCGCAUUGUGCCUUUGAAAUAAGUGCAUUUGCUCGCUGAUGGAAUUUACUGACACGCGGAAGUUCGGCAUAUUUUUAUGACCAAACGUUAGUAUCAUACCGCUGUAAAUAUAGACGCAUCUCAUCAUAAGUAAAUUAAACUAGUGUGUGGUUUGUUUUUAAGAUUUUCAAGCCUACAACAGUGCUGAUCUGACUGGUACGCUAAUACAUCGACAAUAACACCUCCGGGCAACCAUUCGGGCAUUUCUGAAAUUUUGAAAACUUAGUGUUACUUAGUAUGCAAAUAGACCUUAUCACGGUUUAUGUUUAUGUGCCGGGGGGGAAGACAAACACGGCUAAAAUUACAGUGAUUGUCGAUGGGAUUUUGGCCCACUUGGAACCGCUAUAAAGCCGCUACAAAGAGGUGGAUUUCCACAGCGAAAAUGUAUUUUAAAAGAAAUUUGUACUGAGAUUAAUUAAGUGAAGUGUAAAGAAGACAUUCAUCGACCGUAAACGAUUCCAUAGAAACCCUUCUAAUCAACAUUAUCAUGCAAAUUACCAUUCAAAUUAGAAGCCACAUGAUAAGAUUUAUAAUUCGAAUUUACGGACGUCGUUACUUCUUUUUCUAUUGAAAUUUGUACUGAGAUUAAUUAAGUGAAGUGUAAAGAAGAGAUUCAUCGACCGUAAACGAUUCCAUAGAAACCCUUCUAAUCAACAUUAUCAUGCAAAUUACCAUUCAAAUUAGAAGCCACAUGAUAAGAUUUAUAAUUCGAAUUUACGGACGUCGUUACUUCUUUUUCUAUUGAAUGAAUGAUAUCUAUAAAACUCCUUUUAAAGUAGUGGAAAAUGUUGGAAAUCCGCCUCUUUGUAGCGGCGUUAUAGCGGUUCCAAGUGGGCCAAAAUCCCAUACAUUAACUGUAAUUUUAGCCGUGUUUGCCCCCCAGCCAAGUCAAGUCAAGUCAAGUCAAUCUUUAUUUAAACACGGUAAAAUCCAUCAGGAAUUUAAAAAAUUAAAAAUAACCUAACUAUCCUAAACAAAAUUCAAAACCUGACUACAACUAAUCUAACUAAAACCUGUUUUUCAUGAAUGCCGUGUAUAACAUUAAAAAUGAACAUUAACUAAUCUUUUAAAUUGACUAAGAGAUUCGGCUUCUCUCACAUGACAGGGUAGGCUGUUCCAGAGAACUGCUCCGCUAUAAGUAAAGCUGUUUUUCAUGAAAUUAGUUCGCGGAAAUGGGACAAAUAGUUUGUUAACAGGGUCCCUCAGGGAGUAACGCGUUUCAUUUCGUUUAACAAACUUAGAUGAUAAAUAUUCAGGAACAAGGCCAUUUAAAGACUUGUAUACCAUUAUGGAUUUCUGUAUUUGAAAUUGAGUGCUCAAGUCUUUCCAAUCGAGUUGUCUAAUCAAACGGUUAGCAUCAGCAUCAUAGCUAGAGAAGGUUAAAACGCGAGCGGCACGGUUCUGAAGCUUCUGUAGCCUGUCAAAUAAUGUUUUACCACAAUUACCCCAGACAAGAUUGCAAUAAUCGAAAUGAGAUUGAAUUAGUGAGUUGUAUAUAUAGUGAAGGGUAGGUGGAGGGACAAAAGGUCUAAUUCUUUUUAUUGCUCCAAUUCCGGAAGCGACCUUUUAGAUAAUUUAUCAAUGUGUGUUUGCCACCGUAGAUUUUCAUCAAUAAAUAUUCCAAGCGAUUUGACAGAGGAAACGUGUUCUAUCGGAACAUUAUUAAUCGAGAGCUCAAGUGGGUUCGACAAAGUACUCAAUUUUUGUCUGGAGCCAAUUAGCAUGAAUUCAGUUUUAGAAGUGUUCAAAGUAAGUUUAUUGGAAAUAAGCCAUUUGUUUAGGUUAUCUAAAUCGUGACUCAGAGUUAACUGUAUUGAAUUCACAUCAACGCCAGCAUAAGUAAUGUGGGUGUCAUCGGCAUACAUUCUAGGCUGGCACGAAGUAAGGCAGUUUGGCAAGUCAUUAAUAUAAAUAAGAAAUAAAAGGGGGCCAAGGAUUGUUCCUUGCGGUACCCCACAUUUAAGAGAGCAGAUUCUAGAAAGAGAACCGUUAACAAGACAUCGUUGUGUACGAUUAGUUAAAUACGACCUAAACCAAUCAAGAGCUGUACCUUGUAUUCCGUAAAGGUUCAUUUUAGCUAGAAGGAUAUCGUGGUCAACGGUGUCGAAAGCCUUUUUUAAAUCGAGGAAAACCACAGCAUUAACAUUGCCACGAUCAAUAUUAAAGGCCCAAUUAUCCGUAGCUUCCAGAAGGGCAGUUGCAGUUGAGUGUAACGAGCGAAAACCCGAUUGAUGAUUAGAAAUGAUAUCUUCAUUGGUCAAAAAGUUAUACAACUGAUCAUAAACAAUCCUUUCAAACACUUUAGCUAUAACGGAAAUGACUGAAAUAGGUCGAUAAUUAUUCAGAUCAGAUGGCUCACCUUCCUUGAACAACGGAGUAACUCUAGCACAUUUCCAAUCAUCAGGAAAUAUACCAGAGACUAAAGAUUUAUUAAAGAGAUCACAUAGUGAAACUGAAAUAAGAUCAGCACAUUCACGUACAAUUUUAGCAGAAAUAUUAUCAAGACCAGUUGCUUUAGAUCUACAUAAUUUGUUUAGAUGUGAGAAAACAAUGCUGCAGUUAGUCGAGGAGAAGCUGAAAUUGUUGUUAUUUACCUUUAUAUUAUUGAUAUAACUUGAAUUAUUUUCAGCAGUUAGAGGUAUUUCAUUAGCAAGUCUGGGCCCAAUUGUUGAAAAAUGGCCAUUAAAAGCAUCAGAAAGCUCACUAGAAUUAGAGAUAAUGGUAUCAUUCAAUUUCAGUUCUUUCACCGUUGUAUUAUUCACACGACGGGAUGUAAGCUCAUUAAAGGUUUGCCACGUUUUUCGAGGAUUACCCUUAGAUUGAAUAAAUGCAUUAGAAUAAUAAGAUGCUUUAGAAAUUUUGAUGUCAUUGUUUAUUAUAUUUCGCAACUUUUUGUACCUUUUCCAAUCGUGUGGAUCAUUCGAUGUAAUUGCUUUUCUUUUGGCAGCAUCACGAUCACGCAUGCCUUUCUUUAAUUCUGAAUUGAUCCAGGGUGCUUUAUUUGUUCUAGUACGUCUAGUUCGGAGUGGCGCAUGAAUAUUAAGAUGGCGUCAUGACCGUGAAAAAGUCUAUUCCCUGUCUAUUCUCCCCAUCUCCGAUCCAGAAGGCCGUUCAAAUGUACCCAACAGAUUGCAGUCCUUUCGGGCCCUUUGUUCAUUAGCUGAUCUGCCACCAAUCUUACCAUGUCAGUCUUCUCCUUCGAGGAUGAACACACACUAUUACAGGGCGGCCUUGUCAACCCCCAAGAGGCAAGAAUCUUGAGAUUCUCGUCCUAGCGCUGGGAAAAGUAAUGAGAACAUUAAAAAGGUAGUGAGAUUUGCCAAAUUUCUUAGUGGGUGACCUACAGCACAUGACAACUUUGCCAUGGUUUAAAUGUGUACCCAGAUUUUUUUGGGUCGAUUAAUAUGGAUAUAUGCAGGCUAUUGCUCUGUGCCAUUGAAUAUGCAUACUUCACGGGCCGAAUAGUCCACGAACAUGCAGCCGACUUUCAGAAGCGCAAACCCUUUGAAGUUGGGUGCAAUAAUUUUCUAUUAUUUUAACAUGUUUUGCUUGAUUCGUAUGUUGAAUUCUAUUAUUUCCCGAUUUUGAUUAAUUUCCCUAAGUUAAACGACAAGUUCAGACGUAAAAAAAGUUCCCACGUGAAAGCGAAAAAUAUUGGAAAAUUGUUUGUCACGCAAGCCGCUCAGAGCAAUAAACAAUCUCGACCAUGAUCAAAUCUCAGCUGUCUCUCAUUUCAGAAAAUAACUUUUUCUUCGGUUCAGUCUUCUACAUUUACAUUGUCCAAAGGUGCAAUUGAUCUCCAAAUUGGACCUGGCUUUGGUAAUUGCUGGUUUUCAGUGUCACUCCAUUCAAAAUAGAUCAAAACAAAAAUCAAAACCGUUCAAUAGAUAAAGUCCAGAAACUGGGAAAUGAAAGGAGGUACAUAUACAAAGACCCUCGCCAAGAUUCAGGUCAGAGGAAUAUUUCGUAUACGAGAUAUCCGCAGAAAUGUUUUACCCAAACCAGAAACUCAUAAGGGGUUGAAACGUGUAACUCUCAUAUGUUUGCUUUGUCCGAUGCUCGUGAUUAUUCAUUUUCGAAAGUACCAUAUUUGGAACGAGAAGAAGAGAUAACUGACCAAUCAAACUUCGUAAACAACGUGACAUAGUUUUACUUCAUGUUCCCGCGCCCGCUUGAAAAAAAUGGCCGACAAAGGGGGGAAAAACUCCCGAAAGCCGAGAAAGCUUUCAAAGGUUGAAACCAGGAAUAUUACCGAAACACUAAGCAGGAUAUUAUUGCCUUACCACCCGGGCCAAACAUAACAUUAUGAAACCCACUGACGUCCUCGCAACUUCAUGAAGUUGUCACUUCAAAAAACGAUGCCUCGUUGACCCUCUGCACAGCAAACUUAUACUGGAAAUAGGCUUUGAAAAUUCUUAUAUUAAAAGUCUAGAAUAAACAGUAAAAAAUAUUUUCGAAACAAUAGACAGAGAAGCCGUUUCUUGAAAAUUUUUAUUCAAAAUCCAAAAAGUCAAUCCUUAAAAGCAAUUCGGAAAACAUGAUCUGGAUCGUGGAACCGUUCACGCAAGUGAAAUCGGCUGAGUACAUGGCAAAAUUGAAUCAACACAAAAUCCAUCUCAAACUGGGGCACAUUUUGUAAUUUUUCUAUAGCGCCGAAGACAAAAAUUUAUAAAACGUCUAUGAAACAUUUAAAAAUACAUAAAUUCCCUUUCAAAAACGUGAUUGUUUUGGCCAUAGAGUGCAUAAUGUACCUGAAAAUUCAGCAAAAACUUCACUGCCUUGGUUGCAUUUCAAAACAGACCAUGCGCUCCGUCGAGAAGAAAACAAGGUUGAAUUCCUCGAAAGACGAUUUCUUGAUGAAAAGCUUCCCUUCCUCCACAAAAAGAAAGCUGAGCAUUCUUUUGAACUUUCUCUUUGUGUCUUUUAACGGUGUAUUUUUAACCUUGAAACGCAGAACUCUUGUGUUAAAACAUCUGCACGGUGAUCGCGCGGCAGCCAUUUGUUGAAAAUUGAUAUCUGUCACUAAGGUUUCCAAAUAUGGUAAGAGUGAAUAUUCACAAGCAUUGAACGCGAGUUACACGUUUCAACCAUCUUAUGAGUUUCUGCCCAAACUUAUAGAGAUUUGUAUGGAGACGCCAUGCAUGCUGGUGCUCACCUGGAUGAGCUCCAACAUUAGUGGCGGACGGAAACCAACAGAAACAUCUGUUACCGAGUUUUGCUAAAAAAGCGUGAAUUUAUUCAUCGAGAAACUCAUGAACAUUAAAGUAAUACAUGAACUGUUUAGACAGCAAAAUGUCCUGAAAUAAGUCAUGUUUUUAACCCACUCUUGGCCGUCAUGUAAAUGCCGCGUCACGCAAAAGCUUAGAAAUUCAAGCGUUCUCUAUCACAAAACCAAUAACCCUUUAGAAGCGAAAAUUUGUAUGACAAUUAGUUUUCAGCUGCUCUAAUGCAUCGUGAAAGUAAAAUCUCGGUAGGAUCGAUAGUUUUUUAGUGUGAAUUUUAGUGACGUCAUGUGAAAACCGACAAUUGGUGUGUUAUAUGAAUCGCCUGAGCUAAGACAACAACAACUAAUAGUAUUUUGAAAUCGUAGAAGAGCCCUCGAGCUCGUUCCCACUUCUGUCUUCUCCCACUUAUGAUCAUCCUUUCCGGAAAGGAAUGAUCGUGUCUUCUAGACUUGCUUUGACGAUCAAUCUCUUAUAUUAGGACCUAUUAGGAGCUGAAGUGGUAUUUGCAGACGGUUUUUACCAUCCUGCGACUACGAAGAGGGACCUACAUUUGGCAUAAGAAGCACUUUCCUUAAUCUUCUUACAAAAUAUAAUUAAUCCAUUAGUUAUCACAAUCGUUCACACUGAAACCUUGAAACUCAGGGUAAUCCCAUACCUUGUCUAAAAAAGAAUGCAUGGCAAAACAAACUUUCUGUUUCUUUUCCUCAUGAACUCAAUAAGCACAACGUAUACUGCACAGAUCAAUGUUAUUGAUGCAGAUGUCGAUGUUGGUAGUACUAAUGCUACUACCUGGGUACUACUCAUGGACAGUGACUUAAAAUCAGUAUAUGCAGUUUUGUUCAGUUGUACAUAUCCAGUGAUUUGUGACAAUUGUUCAGAAACGCCUGAUCCUGGGUUGUAAGAAAUACCCUUUAAAGGUGAACAAUAAACUGAACGUUUUGUUACUCUAUCUGCUGGAUAGGCAAAUUCCAUUGUGUACAAAUAACAGCCGUAGCCAGGUGUCUUUUUCGGCGCGAAAAUACCUUCGACUUUCUGGAGGGAGGGGUUGGGGGGUUGACGUCGUUGUUUUAAGCACUUUUUGGAAUACACAUAUUUUCCGAGAUUGGUAAAGGUCAUGAUUAGGAUAUUACAACCAUUUUUAUGUUUUCUCUUUCAUUGGAAUUUAUUUAUUUUUUAACCUCUUGAAUUUUUAUCCCGUUGCUCGUUUUCUCGUCACUCCGUUACUCGUUACUGCGUUAUUGUGUUUAGUAACACCCGAGGAGCCAUUUCCCCUCAAUCAAUCAAUCAAAGACUUUAUUUAACUUCGAAUUUAACAGAAUUACUAAUAUCUCUGAAAGAUAUAAAUCUAUAAAAUUGAAUUAAAGUACAUCAAUAGGUGAAAUAAAUAGAUAGAUUUAUAAAAAUUAAAUAGUAUAGAUAAAAAAUAUUCAAGUAUGUACAGGUCAUUUGAGAAUUUAACAUUGGUCACAAAAAAGAACAUCAUUCAUUAUCCAGUUGAACAGUUUUUAGUGCAAUUUUUAUGGCAGCAAGAAAAGUAGACACACGGACAUUAUCCGGCAAAAAGUUCCAUAGUUUGCUGGCAUGAUAUUCGAAAAUAAAUGAAGACCAUAAUUUGUCGGAUUUACACAUGGAAUAACUAGUCUGCGUUUGCCUCGCAACUGUAGAUGCUUGUUUGGCGCUCGGUAAAAAGAUCAGAAAUAUAACUAGGUGCAGCAUUAUUUAAUGCUAGAAAAACUAAUAUGAGCAUAUCAUUUAUUCGGCGUGCUCUCAGACUAGACUGAUUUAUUUCUUGUAGUAAUUUUUCAUACGAAUUAUUAAAGUCAUUAAAAAACGAAACAAAGGAUGGAUUGAUUGAGAUUCCCAAUUACAUCAGCAUUUUUGCUUGCCACAGUGGAGCCAGACGGUGGAAUAGUAGGUUGAAUGUGGAAGAAAAUAAGCCAGAUACAGCCUCUUCUUGGCAUGCAUGAGUAGGGAAACUCAACCCAAAUUUCUGUUUAAAGAUCCAUUUUAAAGCUUGUUAAGUACUUGUAACUGCUGCAGGAAUAUUUUUUAAAUCGCUAUUGCGCGAAAUGUUUCCUUUGGUGGAAAACACAUUAACAUCUAUCUGUAAACAUCACACUGCAACUAACAAGAGGGAACGCAUUUCAAGGCUCGCAAUUAAGUUUUGUUGUUGAAGUGUAUUGAAAACGAUCCACAGAAUCUCCACCCCAAAAAUCGAAACUUCCAUUCAUUGCCUUGGAACUCAAUGAAUCGAACUUGAUUCGCACAAAUUUCCGAGUAUCUUCGACAACGACUCGAAAGACGUCCGGUGAGUAAUUACUGAGCCCUCGGGUACAAAAACCAGCGUUUUUCUCCAUUUCUGAACCACACACGCAGGGGCGUAGCCAGGAUUUUUCCAGAGGUACGCAAGACUUUUUCUACAUCGUCUCCCCCCACCCCCUCCCCCACUCCAAAUCUCAACAUUUUUUAAGAUGCCUUUAUUAAAGGUGGGGUUAACAGUUGUAAGCCAAAGCAUUUUUGCUAUUUUUGCUGUUUAUGAAAUGUCACAACCUCUAAAAUUCCUUAAUUCUGUCGGCUUGUUAUGUUCGUUGACGUCAACCGUUUAUCGUUAAUUCAGCUAUUAAAAAUCAAGCUUGCGGUGACUUUAGUUUACAGAUGACUGUUUUCUAUCGCUUUUUGUCACAUUGUUUUUGACCGACAAAAGCACCCCACAUUGACUUAAUUGUGCCCUAUUUCGUCUACUGCGAAGAGAGGUAGUGGAGAAAACAAAGCGUUCACGCUUUACAUCAUCAAGCCUGCUAUAUAAAUAAAUCAUCCAAGAUUAGGUUCUCCAAUUAAUGUCGUCGCUUCUCUGAAAACCGAUUUUUUUAGUUAUAUUUAUUUUAUUUUUUCUCCUCAACUUUUUAGGUACGCACUUGCGAACCGUGCGCACAAGUUGCUACGCCCCUGACACCCAAUUUCGUACCCAGAGUCUUCUGACUUUUUGGUCAGCGGGGCAACGCUGUACCCAGAAGACUCUGGGUACGAAUUUGAAACCGGGCGAAUUUUAAAGUCCCGUAAACUGGAGUACUUAAGGCCUGUUUACAUGGAGGUGGAGGACCCCAGGGAAUUAAGAUAACUCGCUUAUGUGGGGUAACCUCGCCUGUCCGUAUCAUUUCUUAUUUUAAUUUGGUUACGUACGUUUACAUGAUAGAUGUGGAUGAUUACCACAUCUUUUCUGGAGUCCUUCACCUCCAUGUAAACAGGUCCUUGGUAACAAUGACAAAGAUAUGGCUGAAGAAUGUAAACAAUGUACCAGGUUGGCAAUUCACACCUUUAUUAAUGCGACCACUAGGCGUUUUCUUUAGACUGUUCUUUGCUAUCUUAGACUUGAAAUGAACCCUAGAGAUAUGGUCCAAUAUAUUUUUGGAGUGUGACUUUUGAGAAAGUGUGAGAAAUAACAUGUUGUCGUCUCGUCCUGACUGUAUCACAAAACUCCUUUGUUCAGUCUGUCAUUGGCUUAAGUCUAAUUUGAACUGGAUUUCUGUCAAAUUUCAUCUCUUUUUAAGUAGUAGAUUGCAAGAUAAUGUUGUGUAUGUUACAAGUCAAAAUCAAAUUUAGAUUAAAUUUUUUAAUCCAGGUUAAUUCUCAAUUAUCUUUGUCUCCUUAAGCCCUAAUUAUUCAUGAAUUAGGGCUAGGAGACAAGGAAAUUGUGAAUCAACUUAGGUUAGACGUACAUUUUAACCUUAAUAUCGGCCUAGUCCCUAGGCAUUCUCGGGUUGGUCAAUCCUUGGACUCUACCGUGAGCUAACACCGCGGCAAAACGCACUGCGCACGAGCACAAAAUUUAACAUCCGGUCAGCUUUUUAUUUCCGGUCUAGUAUAUAAAAAAAUUGCGUAAGCACAACAUUGCCGUCGUGCCAAGUUUAAAAGCAAAAAGGGAGAAACAGACAAAAAAGGGAGCGAAAAUAAUCACCUCAUUCGAAAACUUAUAUAUUUUUCUAGUGUCAAACUUUUGCGCCACAUGGUUAUCUGUUUGCACCAACGGUGAAAAUAAUGUUUGAAGUUUGCAGGUCGCGAGCGCGCGACAAGACGAAUUUGUUUUUACUGGCUUUCUUGCAUGCUACUGGUUUGGCAUAAGCUUUUGGGAGAAGGCGAUAACUAAGAAAAGGAUGGCAAUACUUAUGAAAGAAACCAAAAUAAAGACGUCAUGAUUAUCAUUAACACUAGAACCAGGAAAUAAAAUUUUAGCCCGUUCAAUAAUAUUUUUAUUAUCAGAGAAAACAAGAACUCAAAACAAAAGAUGGGCGGGAUUUAGUAACAACUUCGACUUUGAUGACUGCAGUCACGAACACCUGGAGCUUUCAGUGCCGGGAAACGAAACAUGCCUAUAAAUGACUUUCAUUCAAGAAAAUGCCUAUUUAAUUCUUUUACAUCGUUGUUCUUUGGUUGAAGACUUCAGUAAUUUCAGACUGUGCGACUCUGCUGCAUCUCAUGCAAACACGAAACUUCCAGCCGCUAAAUACAUGGCAUGAAAAUUUCAACUUCUUAAAGCCAUCGAAUCAGCAUUCGCUCUCUGAUUCUGAGAAUGAAAAAAAAAAUAAAUAGAGUUGUCAACUUGCUGCCAACCUCAACAGUAUAAUUAAGCUUAUUUUUCAUGACAAUCAACUCUGAAGAGUUUUGUUUCAAAACACGGUAAAACUCACUGGUAAAUUAAACUACAAAGCGAUUGUGUGUUGUCGUUUUCCAAAUAAAGCUCGAAUCGGCUUUAAGACAUGAAGACUGAGAAAUUGAAGAACUGAAAAUUAGAAGUACAAAACACAAGCUUGCAAUAUUAACUUUUUAUGUCUUAGUUUCAGCCAGCUUAAGUGAAAAAUAACAGUCAAAAAUUUGUUUUCGUGAAUGAAAAUCAGUUUACCUGACGCUCUAGCCAAAAUUAAACACUGAGUUAUUAUCAACUUACCUUUUCUGAAUCUAAUCGACUAAUUGUUUCAGUGAUCUGUGCCUGGUUAUCCAUAAAGGCAAUUUCAAUAACUACAAAAUAGUCAAAAACACGAGCAGCAUGAAGCAGAACAACUGAACCUGGGGGCACAAGCUGCACACAGAAUGAAUCCGAGCGUGCGCGGGAGACUUUGAUCUGACUGGAAAGUGACUAAAAGUCGACUGAAAAAGAGACCGGAAAUGCUCAAACUAGCACAUGCGUAGACGUUUUGCCGCGGUGUUUCGUGAGCUGUAACCUCACCGAGAGAAUUGCAUAAAUUGCGUUCACUGCGACGAUCAUUUCUUCAUUUUCAUUUCAUUUCCGCAGUUCAUAUAUUAUUUAUUUCAUAUAUCAUUAACACUCAUCUCUUUCACGGGAACAUAUGAACCCACAAUUGACCUGCUCCCAACGUCAGUGGCUUCAUAGCUCAGUUGGUUAGAGCAUCGCACCGGCAUCGCGAGGUCACGGGUUCAAAUCCCGUUGAAGUCCUGAAUUUUUUUCAGGCUUCUUUACGCAAUUGCAUAAAUUGCGUUCACUGCGACGAUCAUUUCUUCAUUUUCAUCACCGAGAGAUACUCGCCCACUCUCUCUCAGACUUCGCGCGGACAACGGAUCAAGAGAGAACGCCUAGGGACUAGGUUGCCUUAAUGUAAUUUUGGACUGUACCAUACAGAUUAUAAUUUCGAGAAAGGUUGUCGGAAAAAAUGUGUACGCGACAAUCCCGAAAGGUAAUAUGCGAUAUGAUCAUGCAGUGACUGUUCCUAACGGCUCUAGCUAUCAAACCUACUUUUGCCUCUUGCCUUUAGCACUUUCAAACAUACCUGGUGAAAUUUUCGAAAAUAACCUCCGGGACUUAUAUUUUUCAAAGGCUGUUUUUGAGGGGCUUAUUUUUGGAUGGGCUUACAUUCGGAGGGGCUUGUAUACGGAGGGAAAUUUGCGUUUGAAAAUGACCUAGGCGUAUACUGGGAAGGAAACUUACGUUUCAAAAUUGAUUGGGCUAGCUCAUAGUUGGAAGGAAAUUUAUGUCAGUAAUUUUCAGAAAGUUUUUACUGAAACUCGCCUUGAGGACAAAGAUCUUACUAAAACUGAGCCAUGCAAAUACUUUUUCUACGUAGAACGAGGAAAUCCAAGCCAAGAGUUAAGAGUGAACCACGCAAACAGCAAUAUACUGUGAGACUUUUUGACUGCAAGCAUUUGGCACACGUAAUAGUUCUUUGACAAAUGCAAAAGUUUAUGUGUUACUGUACAUUUUUUGCUUUGUUUAAUUUUGAAUUUGAGGGCAAUUUCCAAUUACAAGUCCCCGGGGACUUGUAUUUGGAGGGGGGAUUUAACGGAGGGUUUUUCACGUUACGAGGUUGGGGGCUUGUAUUUGGAGGCGCUUAUACAUGGAGAGGGUUAUUUUCAGAAUUUUAAGGUGACUCUACGGUAUGUCCGUGGCCCCCUGUGCUAUUCUUUCAAAUUUCUUUGUAGCCAACAGUGCACUCUACAGUACCGCAAAUGAUCCCCAAAAUGGACUACAAAUUAUCCUCGACUGCAAGUGAUCCCCAAAGUCGACCUCGAAUGAUCCCGAAAGAAAAACAGGAAUGACUUGGACUCAAGUUAGCUGAUCAUCGUGUCGAUUUUAUUAUUAUUACUAAAAGUCAAAAAUUUUAUUUCUCAAAUAAAUACAUAAUAAAAACUAAAUGAAAAAACAUCAUUCAAGUGUAAAAGCGAAGUGGGUAGGCAACACACUUUUUUACCUCAUGCUAAAAUGCUGCUUGUUCUAAUGAAUUUGUCUCUGGCGGGUAGAUUAUACCUCUGAAGGAAAACGUUUUGACUGAGCAAAUGUAAUUUUGCCGCCUAUUUCAUACUGACAGGUCAUGACACGCAUUUUCUGCGGUUAUUGUUCUUUCUGGUCGGCAUGAUUUGCCCUUUGAUGCAAGAGCAUUUCCUUUGACCUCUUUUGAAAUGCAAUGCUCUUCAUUGUCGCUAAAUAAGGGUUUUAGGUUGAUUAAUUUUCUCCAAAGUGCCUCCCGGAUCAGAAUAAUUAUAAGCGAUUUUCUUUUUAGUCCGUGAAUGUGACGGUUUCCUACGAUGUUUUAUCACGCGACAACAGCUACUUACCUCGCUUUCGCGUUUCUCAUUACCAGGUUUAGAUUCCUGGUAACUGUCUGUCCAGCAAAGGCACAACAAAUGAAUAUACAUAUAAGCGACAAUAAAACUAUUCAAAACAUGUUCAUGAGCUGUACGCAAGUCGCUAUUUCGAAAGAAAAACGAAACUUGUGGACAUUGAUAAGUUUGGGGGCAUUUUGACUUGUGUUGAUGUUGUCAUGUUCUUUUUCGUAACGGACACCCAAGUUACGAACAAAUGUCUUGCUGUUUAUCACUUAAAAUUAACACUUCAGAGAAAAAAUCAAAAUUAAAUAUUCUGAAAUUAAUUUCACACUUCCAAAAAGAUCAGUAAAGUCAAUAAAGCUCUUGUUAUGUAGAGGGUGCCCGGCUUUGUAUUCCUCAGUAGACAAGUUGAACUUCUAGACGUUAAAAUAAUAAAGUUUUUUCUGCGUAACGUCCUGCCUGUCUUAAAUUUUUCAGCGACGAAAAUUGACCUGAGAUGUUUCGUCCUCUUUCCCUUUUUCUUUAGAAGGCGAGAGAAAAAAGGUUUCUUUUUAUAAUCAGUCCUUUUUUGUUAUCAAUCCCAUAAAAUCCAUUCCAUUCCUCAAGUUUUCACGGGAUCAUUAGCGGUCGACUUUAGGGAUCACUUGCGGUCGAGGAUUAUUUGCGGUCCAUUUUGGGGAUCAUUUGCGGUCUGAGAUCAUUUGCGGUUGGGGAUCAUUUGCGGUACUGUACUGCACUCAAAAUUACCUCCCACAAUAUCUUUUGCGAUUGUAUGCACUUUUUCUGACAACCUUUCUCGAAAUAGCUGUAUAUUUACAGGGCUGUCAUUAAGAGCCGGGGGCCGGGGAUUUCCUCCGGCUACUAUGAGUGUGGCCCCCGGCUACUUUUAUUGGAAAACUAAAAGAAAAAUAGAAGCAAAAGAAAUCCCUAGCUGUUUGAUUCCCCUCCUACUUGUUUACCCGGCAACUUAAAAUCUAAGUGACAUCCCCGUAUUUACAUUGCUCAUGAAACAUAAGGCAACAAUUAAAGAAUUAGCACUCUCAAAUUGCUUCCUAAUGAUCAAGUAAAGGCUAAAUUAAACUUGUGACAUGCGCAGUAGCAGUUUUUGGAGCUUAAAAGUAAAGUCGAGAAUUUUAACUUACAGUAUAUGGGAUUAAAAAAAACUUUACCUUACAUAACUUUGAGUGUUAUUUUUGUCGGUAAUGGUGUUUCAGAAGAGGUUAACUCACCUCUUGGUGUGUGUAACCUGUGACUCUUUGCUGAGGAAAAGAAUGCUGCUGCACAGUCACACCCACCAACCAAUCAAGUGCAAAUAUGCAUUUUUGAAAUACCUUUGGGUGAAGCUUUGAAAUGAUACAUGUCUGCAAAAAUCCCCGAGGGGGGGAGAGGGUUUCACUUUCUGGCCCACGGACUACCGUGUUUUGAAAACUAACAACAAUAGCAACAGAUUAAUUCUUUUUUUUUCUUAUUUUACUACAAAAUUCACCGAUAUGGUUUUUAGAAACAUUGACUGAUAAUAAUGUUUAAUUUGCUAACUACACAUUUUUUUUAUCAUUUUAAUUAUAUAACGAAAAGGACAAGUCUGCUUUAAUAAUCUUAAACAUGGAGGAUUAUUCCACUGCUAAAUUGAAAGCUAAAUGCUUUGACCAUUUUGGAGGUUUGAAUUUGGGUGGAAAAGGACUAUCCAGGGUACCUGAUGCAGUCACUGAACUGAGUGAAGUACGGGAACUUAAGCUUAAAGACAAUAAUCUGACUGAGUUGCCAACAAGUAUUAACAAGCUGAACAGGCUUCAAAGCCUGUAUUUGGAUAAAAACAAUCUUACUGAAUUACCUGCCGAGAUUGGUGACCUAAAGGAGCUGUGGGAGCUGAGUGUGAGUAACAACCAGUUGGUUGGUUUACCUACCAGUAUUCAAAAGCUGAACAAGCUUCGAUAUCUGCACUUGGAUGGAAACAAUCUUACUGAAUUACCUGCUAAGAUUGGUGAACUAAUGCAGCUGAGGGAGCUGAAAGUGAGUAACAACCAGUUGGUUGGUUUACCUACCAGUAUUCAAAAGCUGAACAAGCUUCUAUAUCUGCACUUGGAUGGAAACAAUCUUACUGAAUUACCUGCUAAGAUUGGUGAACUAAUGCAGCUGAGGGAGCUGAAAGUGAGUAACAACCAGUUGGUUGGUUUACCUACCAGUAUUCAAAAGCUGAACAAGCUUCGAUGUCUGCACUUGGAUGGAAACAAUCUUACUGAAUUACCUGCUAAGAUUGGUGAACUAAAGAAGCUGAGGGAGCUGAAAGUGAGUAACAACCAGUUGGUUGGUUUACCUACCAGUAUUCAAAAGCUGAACAAGCUUCGAUGUCUGCACUUGGAUGGAAACAAUCUUACUGAAUUACCUGCUAAGAUUGGUGAACUAAAGGAGCUGAGGGAGCUGAAAGUGAGUAACAACCAGUUGGUUGGUUUACCUACCAGUAUUCAAAAGCUGAACGGGCUUGUACGGCUUUACUUGGGUGGAAACAAUGUUACUGAAUUACCUGCUAAGAUUGGUGAACUAAAGGAGCUGGGGGAGCUGAAAGUGAGUAACAACCAGUUGGUUGGUUUACCUACUAGUAUUCAAAAGCUGAACUGGCUUAAAGAGCUGUUCUUGGAUGGAAACAAUCUUCUUGAAUUACCUGCUGAGAUUGGUGACCUAAAGGAGCUGAGGGAGCUGAGUGUGAGCAACAACCAGUUGGUUGGUUUACCUACCAGUAUUCAAAAGCUGAACAAGCUUCGAUAUCUGCACUUGGAUGGAAACAAUCUUACUGAAUUACCUGCUAAGAUUGGUGACCUAAAGGAGCUGAGUUGGCUGAGUGUGAGUGGUAAUCCUUUAACUGUUGAUGCUAUACGUCUUGCUCUUAAGUUGGAGAAAAGAGGACUGUCUACUGAUAUUGCAGGUGAGGACCACUAAAGGCUAAGUUAAAUUGAACCCUUAUAACAUUAAUAACAAAUAAACUCUAAAAAUCUCCCUGAAAAGAUAAGUCCAGUUUGUGACAUCUAAAUAGCGACACUUGACAUCCAAGGAACCACAGGAAACCCAAAGAUUAGUGUGCUGCUCGACUGACUACACUGUGACUAGGGCUUGCAGCAAUUUUAGCGAUCAGAGACACGCGCCGUCAAAUCAGUUUUAAAUGUAUGGGGUUUUAGCACAAACAAGUAUUUUCCAUAAACUAAAAGGCCACAGACUCAUUUUUCUGUUUGAAACUGUAUCUGACCACACGAAUUAAUAUUUUAUUUUAUCAUAUUUGAUUCACGCGGCAUUAUUUUCGACUGACUGCAGUGAUCUAAGACCAAAAACAAGGAAUAUCAGUAAGUUCACCUCCUAGUGAAUUAGCCCCCUACAAGUUCGCCCUCUACUUUCUGAGUUCACCACGCACUGGUAUACUCGAAAUUCGAGUUAAAUCACGCACUUACAGCAGACAUUUAUUUAAAUCAUACCUGUGAAUUGGAUUGGGUUAUUGAAGGAAAUCUCUGUAAUCGAAACUUAACUGUUUGGUAGGUCGGCGGCAAUUGGUGUCUCGAAAUCUAAGACCUAAAUGACCUUGAAAAAACUGCAUGAAAACAGAAUCUUCUUACAAGUUGCUUAAUCAAAGAGUGAAGUUAAAUAAAGUUAAACUCACUGACUUCCAAAAACAGUCCCAAUCAUGACAUGAAUGAAAAUUCAAUGAAACAUUUACAACAGCAAGUUGCCAACAGGGGCACCCAACGAGAAUAUAGUUCAAAACCACUUAAACAUAGCACUGUUAAACGUAUUUUAGUAUUUAAACGGUAGAUAUAGGCAUAUUUUCAUCCCCUAAAAAUUUUUCAUCUGUUCGGAUUUCCUAGCUGAAAGCCUAGUGAUCCGAAAAUCAUAGGGAUCCAAAGUUACCCUUUCGAAAAUUUCAGCCAGAAAAAAGGUUCCCGAAAAUUCUAGGUGACCUUUUUAGGGUAAAAAUCCGUUAAAAAUAGGCAAUUAUACCAUUUUUUUGAUGUUCGAAAAUCAUAGGAGAGGCAGGCAAGCAAGAAUUUUUACAACAAAUGUUCCGAAAAUUCUAGAUCUAAAAUCGUCUUCCGAACAGAUAUUCUUCCGAAAAUUGUCGUUGGGUGCCCCUGUUGCCAAGUUGAGAGUGAUUUGUUGAAAGCUAACGAUUGUAACGAAUGUAUAGCUUUGCAAAGUCGCUAAAUUUUACAGACGUAAAACACUUUGUCUCACUCAUGGAUAGUUUCAUUUAAUUGCCUUAAAUGUUAAACUUCGAUCUUGAAUAAAGCAUGUUUCCAGGUCUGAUAUAGUUACUGUGAGUUUCAGGAAACGGCUUUCUGAGAGAGUUAACCUUUCACCGUAACCAAGAAACAGUCAACUUAAUUCCUGCUGACAAAAAAAACUUACGCUUGCAGUCAAUUGAAAGCUAGUAACUUUUAUACGUACACUAUUCUAUAAUUUUAUUUAUUUAUACAUUUUAUUGCAAAUACGUACCUUUCUUGUAAUGACUUUUUAAGUGUCUAUGUAAUUAAAGUAUGUUUUAUUUUUAAUAUUUAAUUUAUAAGUUACAUAUUUUUAUCACGUAUUUGAUUAUAUGUAAUCUACAUAGAAACAUUGAUGUACACUAAAAUAGUGACUUUCAUAUAGGUUGCAGGUACCCACAUUAGCUAGAAAGUGUGACAUUUCACAUUGGCGCGCUGUGAUGCAGAUCGUUGGACAGUGCGACGGGUAGACGUACGGUCAAGUGACUUCCAAAAUUUCUCUGCCAUAAUUCUCUGCAUGUAGCAGCUCUCCUAAUCCUAAAUGCCAAUUGCAUGGUUCGGUACCCUAACUGUGAAAUAAUGGGAAAUAAUGAUAAACAGUGAUGUGUUAUUGAUUUCUGCGACCAAUGAGGAAACACCUUACGAGCAGCUCCUACAUUUACUGUUUAGUUCUAAUAUUGAAAAUCAGACAAUUAAGAAGAAGCAAGCACUAAAAAUCUUGAGACAAAAGUAUUUGUUCUCAUUGAAAACUAAAACAUUGAAAGCAAAAGAUAACUGGCAGUUUAUAAUAGUUAAGUUUUUUUGAAAACCUCAAAUCAAAAUUUAACUGCACAAAGUUAGCUACUUUAUGUUGCUUAUACUAAAGGCGAUGAAUUACAUAUAAAUAAAACAAGAAAAAGCGAAGCAGCAUUUGUUAAUGCCCAUCCAUGAAAAUCAUAUGUUUACUGUAAAUGAAAUCAUUGAACUUGAUAAAACAAAACUUAAACUACAUUAAUUUGGAAGAAGGAGAAAUCUUACACCAGAAAGCUCAGAAAAAAUUCUGAUCUCCAUCUUAGAAUCGAACUCACGACCCUCCGAAGGUAACGAUAACAGUUAAAAAGUAACUUUCAAUUCACUUACCUUCUAUGGUAAGAUUUCUUUAAUUAUGUUCUUGAUUGUUAGCAUUAAUCUGAGUAGCAGCUGCUAGUAGUCGGUAAACACUGAAUCAUAUUAAGAACAUUACUGUGGGUAAAAAGACCAUCAAGACUAAACAAGUACAUUGCAGUGCGGACACUCAAACCGGGACACUUGGAAGAAAAUUGUCCAGUCACAACGUUUUCUCAAAAUAAAAGAUUCUCAAGUGUUUUUGCAGACAGACCAAUAAAAUUCAAGUAUUUAACUAUGCAACCGCUGAAAUUUUUAAAACCGUUUGAACUUACCUGAACUCUUAGGAAACAGCCCUCAGAUUGAUGGAUGUUGUUGCACGGCCCGUAUGCAAAAAAACUCGAGAAUCUUGUUUUCAGAAAACGUUGUGAUUGGACAAUCUUCUUCCAAGUGUCCCGGUUUGAGUGACCGCACCGUAAAUUUGAACAAAGCAUACAGAUUUUCACUUUUAUUUGCCCAUAAAGGGAUUAAUGAGUUGUGAAACUGUGCCUCCAUGAUCUGUAGGUUACCGGUUGGUUCUAAUAAAUAAAGACUGACGGAACAUGUAAGCAAAUUAUGCAAAUCAUCUCAUUACCAUCUUAGAAAUAUUAGCAAGAUCAGAAAAUAUCUAGAUGAAAAUUCUACUGAGACGUUAGUCCAUGCAUUUGUUUCAUCAAAGCUGGACUACUGUAAUGCUUGACUUAUUGGACUUCCAAAAUACCAAAUAGACAGACUUCAGUCAGUACUAAAUACUGCGGCUGGCAUUAUAACUUUUACUUGUAAAUAUGAUCAUAUAACUCCCGUUCUAGUUAGACUACACUGGCUCCCUGUUUCCUAUCGUAUAAGGUUUAAAGUGCUACUGUUGACUUCCAAAGCACUUAAUGAUUUAUCUCCUGAAUACAUAUCUGAGCUACUUAAUAAGCCUAAAUAUACCCGCAAUCUUAGAUCUCAGUCUCAACAUCUGCUUAGUGUUCCUAAAUCCAGAACUGUUACCUAUGGCGAUAGAGCAUUUUCUGUCUGCGCUCCUAAGCUAUGGAAUGAACAGCCUUUUCAGUUGCGCAUGUCGUCAAAUAUACAAGCAUUUAAAUCAGGACUGAAGACAAUGCUUUUUAAAACGGCCUAUCUUUAGAUGGGCAUUUGCUUUAUUAUUUUGCAUUGCAUACUAUUAUGUAUUUUCUUUUGUUUUCUACUUUUUUUGUAGUGUGUAAGUUGUAAUCAGUAAUUAUUUUUAAAUUAUAUAUUAUAUCUAAUUGUAGAAAUUAGAAUGGUAGGAUGAAAUUGUAAAAACUAUUUUAUAGUUAGUAUAAGGUUUAAAAUUGUAAAGCGCUGUGAAUAAUUCGUAUUAAUAGCGCUAUAUAAAUGAAUUAUAUUAUUAUUAUUAUUAUUAGUUUGAAUUAUUUUUAGAUGGUUCUAUUUUGAUUAACUUUUUGAUGCUUUUUAUAAUUUGUUAUUAGUAGUUUUUUAGAUAGUCAUUUUACGACAAUUCUCUUUCGUACAUAAGAAGAAUGUACGUAGGGUAUAUAUUUUAAUAUUCAUAUUCUUGAAUCUGUAAAUAGUCUAUUUUUUUGAAUCUAUGAAUAAAGUUAUUUUAUAUUUAUUAUUAUUAUUAUUAUUAUUAUUAUUACAAGUAAAACAACACAUUUACGAGGGUCAUGUCUGACACAUGAUUUUAAAAUUUUUUAUCCUUUGUAGCUCCCAAGGAAAUAGAAGCACGAGGAGAAAGAGCGCAGCUUGUUUAUCGACGUGCUCUUAGAGAUGGAGCUGUUAGUGUUCAGCGUUCUCGGAUAUUGCUUAUUGGUCAGGAUAGGGCAGGAAAAACAAGCUUGAAAAAAUCUCUCAUUGGUCUGCCAUUCAAUCGUAACGAAAAUAGUACUGAAGGAAUUGAAGUAGAUCCGUCAAUUUUUCAA